GCAGCGGCUCGCUGUCAGAACAAUGACUCCCGAGCGGAGGAGAAGGUGCCUGCGCUGAGGAUGCGCUGCCUCCCGCGCGCUCUCUGACAGCAGCCGCUGCUUUCGCGUCCUUCCCUCCACGCGCAAGCCGUAAACAUGUGGAUACCGUCGGAGCACGAGAAAUACGGCGUGGUGCUGGCCAGUUUCCGCGGAAUGGGUCAGCAUGGACUGCCGCUGGAGAUCGGGGACACGGUUCAGAUUCUGGAGAAGUGUGAAGGGUGGUACCGCGGCUUUAUUCUGAAGAACCCAAACGUGAAGGGAAUUUUCCCAUCAAGCUACGUUCACUUGAAAAAUGCUCACAUAAAGAACAAAGGGCAGUUUGAGACCGUGGUCCCUACAGAGGAUUCUGUCAUCACGGAGAUGACGGCGACUUUGCGAGACUGGGGCGCCAUGUGGAAGCAGCUCUACGUGAAAAAUGAGGGUGACCUGUUCCACCGCCUGUGGCACGUGAUGAACGAGGUGCUGGACUUGCGCAGACAGGUGCUGGUGGGGCACCUCACGCAGGAUCGCAUGCGGGACGUCAAGCAGCACAUCACGGCACGUCUUGACUGGGGCAACGAACAACUGGGUUUGGACCUUGUGCCAAGGAAGGAUUUCAGUAUGGUGGACCCAGAUGAGAUCAGCGUCACGGAGUUAUACAAGCUGAUGGAGCACAGGCACCGGAAGAAGGAGAUGCCGGUGCAACCCAACACCCAUCACCUGUUUGUCCAGGUGAAGAGCUUGGUGAGCUCCAACGUGGGUGAGGAGCUGGAGGUCUUCUUCUCCAUCUACGACGGCAGGGAGAGUCGCCCGCUCAGCGAACGCUUCUUUGUGAGACUGAACAAACAAGGAGUUCCCAAGGUGUCUGAAAAACCGGAGAGGCAGUGCACCCUUUUCGUGGAUCUGGGCAGCAGUGACCUAAGAAAGGACGUUUACAUCGUGGUUCACAUUAUAAGAAUAGGGCGCAUGGGGGCAGGGGAGAAGAAGAACGUUUGCAACGUGCAGUACCGGCGACCGUUCGGCUGCGCCGUCAUCAGCGUGGCGGACCUCCUCACGGCCGACUCCAGGGACGACCACCUCCUGAAGGUGUACACGUGUAACGCCGAAAACGAGUGGUUCCAAAUACACGACAACAUCAUCCGGAAAGUGAGCUCCAGGUACAACCUGCUGGGCUCCAGCGCAGGUCUGGCCGUCUCCCUCCAGCUGCUCCACGGGGACAUGGAGCUCAUCCGACGGGAGUACAUGACUCUCUUCACCCGUGACAUUUCCAUCAGCAAGAAGCUGGGCUUCUCCGAUGUCAUCAUGCCAGGUGAAAUGAGGAAUGACUUGUACAUCACCCUGGAAAAGGGAGAGUUUGAGAAAGGCGGGAAGAGUGUCGCUAGGAACGUGGAGGUUACGGUAUAUGUGCUGGACGUCGACGGGCAUGUGAUCAAGGGUUCGGUUUGGGCGGGGUCCGGCGAGCCGGGCACAGACCCCUUCCACUCCUUUGUGCUUUACCAUAACAACAGCCCCCGAUGGGCGGAACAGAUCAAGCUACCCCUCCCUGUGGACAUGUUCAGGGGGUCCCACGUGCGCUUCGAGUUCCGGCACUGCUCUACGAAAGAGAAAGGGGAGAAGAAGCUCUUUGGAUUUUCCUUCAUCCCCCUGAUGCAGGAAGAUGGGCGGACUUUGCCCGAUGGUACCCAUGAGCUCAUAGUCCAUAAGUGCGAGGAGAACGCCAGCCUGCACGACUGCUCUCGCUACCUCAAACUGCCCUUCUUGAAAGCCAGUCUCCUGGCGAACAGCCAGACUGCCAAAAGCACAAAGGAGUCCUUCUGGAUCACCUCGUUCCUCUGCUCCACCAAGCUGACCCAAAACGGUGACAUGCUCGAUCUUCUCAAAUGGAGGGUCCAUCCCGAGAGAGCUGGGGACAGCCUGUCCAAGCUGAAGGAGAUUGAUGGCUCCGAAAUAGUGAAGUUUUUGCAAGACACGCUGGACACGCUUUUCGGGAUUUUGGAUGAAAACUCUCAGAGAUAUGGGCUGAAGGUGUUUGACUGCCUUGUUCACAUUAUCAACUUGCUGCAGGACAGCAAAUUCCAGCAUUUCAAACCGGUGAUGGACACCUACAUCGAAAGUCACUUUGCGGGAGCGCUGUCCUACAGGGAUUUGAUCAAGGUGCUGAAGUGGUACAUCGACCGCAUCGUCGACGCUGAGCACCAGCAGCACAUCCAGGAAGUCCUCAAGGCCUCGGAAUACAUCUUUAAGUAUAUAAUCCAGUCGCGGCGGCUGUUUGCCCUGGCAACAGGGGGCCAGAACGAGGAAGAGUUCCGCUGCUGCGUCCGUGAGCUCUUCAUGUCAUUACGCUUCUUCCUUUCCCAAGAGAGCAAAGGCACCAGUCCCAUCGCCCAGACACAGGCGGUGUUCCUGAAGAGCUUCCCCACGGUCUACUCCGAGCUGCUGAAGAUCUUCACCGUGCGGGAGGUGGCCAGCUUUGUGCGUGACACCCUGGGCAGCCUGGCGGUUGGCAUGCAAGCGGACUGCCCCCUGGAGGCAAUCAAGCUGCAGUGCAUUGCCAAGACGGUGGAGAGCCAGCUGUACACUAACCCUGAGUCGAGGAGCAUCCUGCUUCCUGUGGUCCUGCACCACCUCCAGACCCACCUGCAGGAACAGAGGGACCUGGUGAUGUGCGCCCGGGUGCUUACCAGCAUCCUGUCCCUCCUCAACAAGGACGAUAUGGACCAAUCAGCCAGCGAGGAGGUGUCUGUAAUCGUGCGAAGUCUGCUGACCGUUCUCCUCAGGACCAUCCUCGAGGUGACCAACCGUCCACAGCCUGCAGGAACAUCUAUGCGCCUGCAGUUCCAGGAUGUCACGGGAGAGUUUGUGGCGUGCUUGCUGGCCAUGCUCCGGCAGAUGACGGACAAACACUACCAGCAGCUGCUGGAGGCCUUCCCCACUAAGGAUGACCUGAAGGAUUUCCUGCUGCAGAUAUUCACAGUCUUUCGGAUUCUGAUCAGGCCAGAGAUGUUCCCCAAAGACUGGACCGUUAUGCGGCUCGUCACCAACAACGUCAUCAUUACAACUGUGCUGUACCUGUCUGAUGCCCUGAGAAAGAACUUCCUCAGUGACAACUUUGACUACAAGGUGUGGGACUCGUACUUCUACCUUUCAGUGAUCUUCAUCAACCAGCCGUGUCUCCAGCUGGAGACCUUUGCCCCGUCGAAAAGGAAGAAAGUGCUGGAGAAGUAUGGUGACAUGAGAGUAAUGAUGGGGUGCGAGAUCUUCAGCAUGUGGCAGAAUUUGGGACAGCACAAGCUGAACUUCAUCCCGGCCAUGAUCGGCCCCUUUCUGGAGGUCACCCUCGUUCCCCAGCCGGACCUCCGCAACGUCAUGAUCCCCAUCUUUCACGACAUGAUGGACUGGGAGCAGAGGCGAAGCGGCAACUUCAAACAGGUGGAGGCCAAGCUCAUCGACAAGCUCGACGGCCUCAUGUCGGAGGGCAAGGGGGACGAGACGUACCGCGAGCUCUUCAACAGCAUAAUUCCCCUGUUUGGACCGUACCCGAGCCUGCUGAAGAAGAUCGAGCGGGAGACGUGGAGGGAAAGCGGCGUGUCUGUUAUUGCCACGGUCACGCGCCUCAUGGAAAGACUGCUGGACUACAGGGACUGCAUGAAGGUGGGCGAGGUGGACGGGAAGAAGAUAGGCUGCACCGUGAGCCUGCUGAACUUCUAUAAAACGGAGCUGAACAAGGAGGAGAUGUACAUCCGCUACAUCCACAAGCUGUAUGACCUUCACCUGAAAGCGCAGAACUACACAGAGGCUGCCUACACGCUGCUGCUGUACGACGAGCUGCUGGAGUGGUCCGAGCGGCCGCUCCGCGAGUUCCUCAGCUACCCCAUGCAGAGCGAGUGGCAGCGCAAGGAGUACCUGCACCUCACCAUCAUUCAGAACUUUGACCGUGGGAAGUGCUGGGAGAACGGCAUCAUUCUGUGCAGAGAGCUGGCAGACCAAUACGAGGCCUACUACGACUACAGGAACCUGAGCAAGAUGAGAAUGACGGAGGCUUCGCUCUACGACAAAAUCAUGGAGCAGCAGCGUUUGGAGCCCGAGUUCUUCAGGGUCGGCUUCUACGGCAAGAAGUUCCCCUUCUUCCUGAGAAACAAGGAGUUUGUGUGCCGCGGCCACGACUACGAGCGGUUAGAGGCCUUCCAGCAGCGCAUGCUGAACGAGUUUCCGCACGCCAUCGCCAUGCAGCACGUCAACCUCCCCGACGAGACCAUCUCCCAGGCGGAGGCCCAGUACUUGCAGAUCUACGCCGUGAGCCCGGUCCCCGAGGCUCAGGAUGUGCUGCAGAGGGACGGGGUGCCCGACAGCAUCAAGAGCUUCUACAAGGUCAACCACAUCUGGAGGUUCCGUUACGACCGGCCCUUCCACAAGGGCACCAAGGACAAGGAGAACGAGUUCAAGAGCCUGUGGGUGGAGCGGACCACGCUGACGCUGGUACAAAGUCUGCCAGGCAUUUCCCGCUGGUUUGAAGUGGAGAAACGCGAAGUUAUGGAGGUGAGCCCUCUGGAGAACGCCAUCGAGGUUCUGGAGAACAAAAACCUGCAGCUGCGCAGCCUGAUCGCGCAGUGCCAGGCCCGGCAAAUGCACAACAUCAACCCCCUCACCAUGUGCCUGAAUGGAGUCAUCGAUGCUGCUGUCAACGGGGGGCUUGCCCGCUACCAGGAGGCCUUCUUCGCAAAGGAAUACGUGGCUAGUCACCCCGAGGACUGCGACAAGAUCGGCCGACUGCGGGAGCUCAUGUUUGAGCAGGCCCAUAUCCUGGAAUUCGGCCUGGCCGUUCACGAGAAGUUUGUGCCGCAAGACAUGCGGCCGUUGCAUAAGAAGCUGGUGGAUCAGUUUCAUCUGAUGAAGUCAAGUCUGGGGAUACAAGAGUGCCCGGCCUACAUGCCCUUUGCCAACGGAAGCCCACGGACCUGCAGGAACUCGGUGCCCAACCUCAUCAGCCCCGAUGGUGUGCGGGUGGUGGCGAGACGCAGUCCGCUCAGUUACCCGGCCAUCAACCGGUACUCGUCCUCCUCGCUGUCAUCCCAAGCCUCCAACGAAGUGAGCAACAUCACGGGCCAGUCGGAGAGCUCGGACGAGGUCUUCAACAUGCAGCCGAGCCCGUCUACCUCAAGCCUCAGCUCCAAUCAUUCUGCCUCUCCCAAUGUGACCAGCUCUGCCCCAUCCAGCGCCAGAGGUUCGCCUCUGCUGUCUGACAAACACAAGCAUUCGAGGGAGAACGCCUGCCUCUCGCCCCGGGACAGACCCUGCAGCGCCAUGUACCCCAACCCCCUGGACCCUGCACAGCAGGUGCUCCCGCGUCCCGUGGGGGAGACGGCAUUGCCACGGAGUGACCCCAAUCUCUCGGCGCCAGAGAAAGGUUCUCCAGCCAGGAACCUGAGGUCACUCUCCCCAGUGCCCACGCCUAGGUCUCCCCAAAAGAGCUCUGUGCCCCCCUUCACGCCCUCCCCAACUGAGUGCCAGUCAGGUGGGCUGGUGUCCAACUCUCCAGUUCUGUCGGGCAGCUACAGCAGCGGCAUCUCAUCGCUCAGCCGCUGUAGCGUGUCGGACGCCUCAGGCCUGGAAGCCCCUCCCCCCGGCGACCCGACCGCACUCACCAGCUCUGUGUCCAGCGGCUCGGACGAACUCCUGCGCAGGGAGAACAAGACCCCGCCGCCCUACAGCGUGUACGAGCGCACCAACCCGCGUCGCCUCGUCCCCCUGCCCCACAGCCUGUCCAUCCCCCCCGGCACAGACCCCCCUGCCCUCCCACCCAAACCCAGCCAGCUACGUGCUGGCAGGCUGGACUCGGAGCCCCGGCGAGGCGAGCAGGCCCCCCGGCCCAGACCUCUGCCGAGGAAAGUGUCGCAGCUAUAGCGCCGCCUGCUGACCACCCUGGCACGUUUUGCACUCAAAACUUUCUGGUUUGGUGAUUCCAAGUUUGUAAAGAUACAAAGGAAAGAGAUUUUAAAAUCUGAAUUUUUUUUUUUUUUUUUUUUUUUUUUUUUUUAAAGCCGUCGUUCAGUUCACUACUUUAGCCUCCACCUUUCGGUCUUGCUGGGUCCACGUCAGAAAACGCUCAAGGCUCUGUAAAUAUACUCGACGUAUUUCCGUUAACGUAACGAUCACCAACGCGUGUAAAUAUCGAAUUGAAAUCGCAUUUGUUUGCCUUAAAAAUGAAACCUACAAUCUCCACGUUGGAACUAGUCUUUACUGUCAGUAGAUGGUAAAAAGGUGCUCAGUGUUUCCUGCCUGUUUUCUAAGUACAGCUCAGUACCUAACCCUUCCCUGCCUCAAGUUUAGAUGUAUGAAAUCUGCAGGGGUUUCCAAAGUACUGUGCCAAAGGAACAUGAAUAGUGUGUGUGUAUUCCAAUCUGGCGUGCUCUCUCUCUCUCUCUCUCUCUCUCUCUCUCUCUCACACACUCACACUCACACACACACACACACACACUUACUUUUGUAUAGCUUAACUAUUCCAUGACGUAUGAACGCCCUACAAGGUGUACAAGGCACAGCUGAAUUUUUCCACUUAGAGUACAGGGAGUUUGCUUGCAUGGGGCCUGUACAGAGCAAUAGAAGCACAGUAGUUUUGGGGGGUGGGGUCAUAAAUAGGCAAAGCACAAAGUGCAAGAACGCUUCAACGGGACUGAAAACGAAUCAUCUGCUCAUGGGGUGAUCCGUUUCUGACCAGCGAGGGCAUUAGCACAUGUGCUGCGUGAGGAUGCAUCCAGUACGUGUCAUAAAUCUUAUUUAUUGUGAUGUCAGUGUAGCCUGGCAAAGCCCUGCACUCCGGAGGGCCCCUGUUCCGAUAGCCACGGAAUUCCGUUCGUUCAACCUGCAAAGCGGUGUUUCCCGUGAAGAAACGUUUAGUUACGUGUUUGUACGGCCGAACAUUUUUUUAGACCGUUUUUCUAAAGAGUUUCGCAUAGAGAAGUGAUCUCUGACUUGGUGUUCUUUAAACGGUGUCAGUUUUAUAGUCCCCAUGGAGCUCCGGGCCCGUGGUUCAAAAAUAUUUUUAUUCUAAAAAAAAAAAAAAAUUGUUUUGUAAGACAUUUGUGGACAAUAUUGAUAGAUUCAUUGACAUUUUUCUUCCCCCCCCUCCGAAAUUAACCACGAUGUUGAUUUUGUUUCACUUUUUAUAUUCUUUGUGAAUUUGGGAUUUAAAUAUUUCCAUGAAUAUGUAUUUGUGAAAAUGUAAAUUACAACAUGAGAUUGCUAUGAGUAUGCUAAAAUAUCUUGUUGAAUACAAAUAUUGUACAUAGCGCAUUUUUAACAGUGUAGCCAUAUGAAUUUACGGCUUUGAAUGUUGCAAGGAAAAACGUAAAAUAAAUGUUUAAUAUCUAUGUUUCAGUGACUGUAGAUAAGGAAAAGUGAUGCAGAAUCAGAUCAAAUUCAUGUGCUUAAAUACAAACCCAACCGAAUAAAAACAUUUUAAAACAUUUUUGAAUAAACUUAACUUUAGAUGUAUUCUUUGUCAGUAAGUUAAGAUGAAAUUUUAUUUUAUCAUAUUUUAUGGCACUUUAUUCAAGAUGUAGAGAAUGUGCUUGUUUUUCUCGGUUGCUAUAUGGACGGAUUACACUAAAUGCAGUUUGUGAGUCAUUUUACACAGAACUUUUUGAAAUUGUAACAUAAGUACAAAUAUACAAAUGUAUUCAUUUUCCAUGUCCUUGAUGCAAUGUUUUUUGCAAGGCUGCAUAACUGGGCUUAAGUUAUUCUAACAAUCAAAUCACAAAUAAAA